UUCAACGUGAAGUGUUCUAAAAUUGAGUUUUACAAGCAAAGGUCUUCCUAAAGCUAAAACGGCAAGAGUACUAGCUGGGUAGCUAAGUGGAGAUGGAGAAGAGCUCGACCAAGCACUUUGUACUUGUGCAUGGAGCCGGCCAUGGAGCAUGGUGUUGGUAUAAGGUGGCAAGCUUGUUGAAAUCCUCAGGUCAUAAGGUCACAGUCCUGGACCUAGCUGCUUCUGGGAUCCACCCAAAACAGUUGCAUGAAGUAAAGUCACUUUCGGAAUACCUCGAGCCUUUGAUGGAAUUCAUGGCGUCUCCGGCAUUAAUGGAGGAAAAGGUGGUCCUUGUCGGCCAUAGCAAUGGAGGUCUCUGCAUAUCUGUUGCCAUGGAAAAGUUUCCUGAGAGAGUCUCCGUUGCAGUGUAUGCCACCGCCGUUAUGCCAGGUCCCGACUUGAGUAUCUUGACGCUAGGCGAAGAGUUCAACAGAAGACUGGAUUCUUAUAUGGACACGCAAUUUACGUUCGAUCAAGGGGAAAACAACCCUCCAACCUCCCUUUUAUGGGGUCGCAACUUCAUGGCAACCCAGUUUUACCAACUCUCCCCACCUGAGGAUUUGACGCUUGCAAUGUCGUUGGUGAGACCUAUUCGUCUCUACGGGGAUACUUCAACAUUGCAAAAAGAAGCAAAUCUGAGCAGGGAGAAAUACGGGCAAGUUCCUAGAGUUUACAUCAUUUGUGAAGAAGACAAUGUGAUGAAGGUGGAUUUCCAAAGGUGGAUGAUUGAGAACAAUCCAGCACCGGAGGUGAAGGUAAUUGCCGGUUCCGAUCACAUGGUGAUGUUCUCGCAACCGAAGGAGCUGUGCUCCUGCCUCCUUGAAAUUGCAGAGAAAUAUCCUUAAAACUUGCCACUUGCAGCUACCUAGCUUGGGAUAUAUGUUUCGUGGCACAAAUAAAUUAUGACCCGAUGGUAAUAUCCCGUACGUGUGUCUUGAGUACUACAAUAUGAUGGCAUGCACAUUAUUUGAAUUAAGAUCUAGUAGGCAAUUAAUAAUUUGAUUUGUAAUAUUUAAAUUUUAGAAUUUAUCUUCCGAAUCAAAUAAUGUCACGUGGUUGAUGUGGUAUAAAUGUCUUCAAAUAGAAUUAUUCUUGUUAAAAACAGAGCAUAAUUUCAAGUGUAUUUAGAUGCAGAUCAGGAGACAAUCGCAGAGUUCCUUCGGCUUUGAAAGCAUUGCCAUGUGAUCAGCACCCUCAAUCUCCAUCACGUCUUUUACCCUACUGUUUUGAAUCAUCCAUCGCUGAAAUUCAACAAGUAUUGCUAGAUCCUCGUCACAAACAACGUAAACUCGUGGAACCGACUCAUAUCCCUGGUUUGAGAAAUACUAUGCCUUGGACAAGUCCUCAAUAAACAGUGAACUUGGCCUUGUUAAAGUCUUGGUGAGUUCAAGAUCCUUCCACAAUCACAACCCAAUUACACUACUUAGGAAAAUAAAGAAUCCCAAAAUUCUUACAACAAUUUGUGAUGUAAUUAGACCGAUCUGUGUCGUGCAUGUGUAUGGGGUGAGUGAAUCCGUCGUCACACAGGUGAGGGCCUGUGUGUGUGAAUUUGUUUACAGUAAUGCGGUACCCCUCCUAUGAUUAUAUCCCAAAAUCCCUCUUUGUAACG